AUGAACAGCAGAUACGUGGCCGUGACGAGACCGGUGUCUUACCCUUCCUUGAUGACGUCGUCCAGGGCGAAGCUGCUGAUCGCCUCCGUGUGGAUCACGUCCUUCGUCAUCUGCUUCCCGCCCUUAGUGGGCUGGAACGACAGGCACAAGAAUCUCGUGUCUGCGGGGUCUUCUUCGUCUACUACUACCUCUUCUUCGUCCUCGUCGUCGUCGGAGGGAGGAGGAGGAGGAGGAGGGACUGAUGACGGAGCGGGAGGAGGAUUCGACAGCCUCGACGACGACGAGAACGACCUGGGCUGCCACUUGUCGUGCGAGCUGACGAACGACAUCGGCUACGUCGUGUACUCGGCCCUGGGGUCGUUCUUCAUCCCGAUGCUGGUGAUGCUGUUCUUCUACUGGAAGAUCUACUGCGCGGCCGCCGAGACGACCCGAGCCAUCAACCAGGGCUUCCGGACGACCCGCAACAAGAGGAUCCUGGGCAGCCGCUUCGAGGAGGAGCGCCUCACCCUCCGCAUCCACCGGGGGAGGAACUCCAUGCAGGAGCGCAACAGCGCCAACAACGCCUUCCACCACCACCACCACCACAACCACUCGAACCCCGAGAGGCGGUAUGGCGGCGGCGGCGGAGGCGUUGGUGGGGGCGGUGGUGGAGGCAGCCAGCGAAAUCACCACAACCACCACCACCACCACAAUCACAACAAUCACCACCAUCGGCAAAACAGCCAGAGGAACAACGCCGCCAACAACAUCAAGAUGAAGAACCUGCGGCCGCAGCUCAUUAUGAAGUCGAGCAUCUCCCUCCCGCCGGACAUGCGGUACGACGGCGGCGGGGGCGUGGGCGGCGGCGGCGGGGGUAACAACAGCUACGCCCUGAGCGAGAGGUGCGACCUGUGCAAGGUGCAGUGUUCCCGGGAACACUCAGACAUCGAGCUCCUGCCGGUGCGGAGGUCGAACUCGGGCGGCAGCCACCAGGACUCCUGCUUCACCGUCGACACCAACUUCUCGACGCUGGAGUCGACGUCGCAGAGGCAGGACGGCGGGAGUCUGAACGCCUCCUCCACCUCGAACUGCACUUCGGCGGGGUCGAGGAGAUUCCCCUGCCACGGAGGAGGAGGAGGAGGGAGUGAAGCGGAGACCCCCAUUCGGGGACCUGGAACGGGGCGUGCCGCCGGCGGCGGGGGAACGUCGAGGAUGGGGCGGCGAAACAUCAAAGUGCAGGUGAAGCGGUUCCGGAUGGAGACGAAGGCGGCCAAGACUUUGGGCAUCAUCGUCGGGGUGUUCAUCCUGUGCUGGUUCCCUUUCUUCACGAUGUACCUGGUGAGGGGCUUCUGCCCCGACUGCAUCCACCCGCUCCUCUUCUCGGUCCUCUUCUGGCUCGGGUACUGCAACUCGGCCAUCAACCCUUGCAUCUACGCCCUCUUCAGCAAGGACUUCCGCUACGCUUUCAAAAAUAUCCUGUGCAAGUGCAUCUGCACGCGGGAGUCGCGGAAGGCCUUCCCGACCCACCAGCAGUCCAUUUACAUCCCCUCGUGCGAUAGGGACAAUGACAGUGACGAUAACUUCGAGGAGAGCAAGAGGUAGCGAUAAAAAAAAAAUGUGGAGAUACGAAAAAGAAGAAGAAGAAGAAGAAGAAGAAGGUGGACGUUCGUGACUUAAGCCAUAUCAGUGUACUGUGUUUGUGUACCGAAAGGAAAAACAGAUAUAUAAACCUUUUGAAUUAUAAUAGACGAAAAGAAAGAGUAUAUUCAUCAUGUUUUACAGUGUAAAAGUGUGUGAGUUUAUUUCACAUUAACUCGAGACUAUUACUUAUACUUCCUUUUUAUCAAAGCAAGAACACCACCCAGGGACUUUUUAGCUCGUACGUUUUGUCAGAAGCUCAAAUAUUCUUUAAACAAAUCAUCUUUAGGGGAUAUUCAAGCAGAUAUAGAGAGAGAUAUAUAUAUUAUAAGUCAUAUCCCUUUGAUCGCCUCUCACUCGACCUCAAGUUAUUACUCACUCCUUGAUUCCAUCACACCUCACCUCCCCCUCGACGCCAGUGACAAGGCUUUCGAAGAACCUGGUGAAGGACGCCCUUUGGACGGGGGGAAAGACCAUAAGGCGUCCUCAGGAAGAGUCCAAGGGUGUCGUCAGGGAGAAUCCAUGGGGGUCCUCGGGGAGAUUCCAUGGGCGUCCUCACAGGGAGUGUCCAAGGGCUCCCCCAGGGAGAGUCCAAUGUCAUCCUCAGGGAAAAUCCAUGGGCGUCCUCAAGAGAUCCCAAGGUCUUCCUCAGGGAAAGACCAAGGGUGUCCUUCGAGCAGGUUCCUGCCGGAGACGAUGAGAGUAGGGCAGGUCAAGGGGGAAUACCUGCCAUUACUCGAACUCGCAAUUCAGACAGUCUUUGGAAAAGAAGUAACCAUAAUAGGAGGGGACACAAGCUCUCGGUAUCGUAGACUAGACAGCAGAAGGUCUUAGUAGUAUAGGUGUUUGUUUUUGAACGAGACAGGAAACAGACAGACAGACAUCAGCAGAUAGAGACUAAACUAAUAAAUAUAAAUAUCAUAGGCCUAGGCACACUUGUCAACAAAUAUGUAAAUAUCAAGGCCUAGGCACACUUGUCAACUAAUAACUAUAAAUAUCAAGGCCUGGGCACACUUGUUAACUAAUAAAUAUAAAUAUCAAGGCCUAGGCACACUUUUCAACUAAUAAAUAUAAAUAUCAUAGGCCUAGGCACACUUGUCAUGCUAUGAGAACAAUUCAAAUCUCGCUGUGUUUUGGAAAUAUUUCUAAAAAAAACAAAAUUAAAUUCGCAUCAGCUUCAAGACCAAGUUUAGUCUCCUCUCAGGUGAUGAUAAAAUAUUAAUUUAAAAAAAAGGAAAGCUAAAAAUAUUAAGAGAAGAAGCAACAAUAAUGAAAUAAAAAUUAAUAACCAUCUUUGGUCAUUACUAAACAACCAAUCUAAAAAUAUAGUUGGAUAAUCAUUUAACGACAUGACAAUCUUUGAGCCUAAAUGGUUUUGAAAAUAAAAUCAGUUUCAGAAUGACUACUCGGGAAUCUGUUCUUUCAAGAGAUAGAUGGCGAAAAUCUUUGAGACUCAACUAUUUCUAAAAUAAAAUCAGUAAAAAAAAAAAAACGACUAUAGUAGAUUCACAUCAACCGUGCAUCUGAUGUCUAGGCCAGUC